CACUUCUCGCUCCCUUCACACGCUCGCACCGUGGGUGCUUCUCCUUCCUUGGCGUCUAUACAAGAAGUGCAGGCCGCGCGGAGGAUUUGCCACCUUCGAUCUCGACUCGCGAGAUUGAGCAGCAAAGUGUGGUACGCACGCGCAGAGUGGGUCAUGGCGGAGGAAGCCAAGGCGCCCAGCGAUGCAAUGUCGACGGUGGCGGAGGCCGCGCCGGUGACGGCCGAGCGGCCGGUCCGGGCAGACCUGGAGACCCACGUUCCAAAACCCUACUUGGCUCGAGCUCUGGUCGUGCCCGAUGUGUACCAUCCUGAAGGAGAGAGCGGGGACGGGCACGAGCACGGGCACAAGAGCGUGCUGCAGCAGCAUGUGUCCUUCUUCGACCUGGACGGCGACGGCAUCGUUUAUCCCUGGGAGACUUACAGAGGAAUGCGGUCGCUGGGCUUCAACAUGGUCCUGUGUUUUAUAGCGGCAAUUGGCAUAAAUAUCGGUCUGAGCUUCCCAACUCUACCUAGCUGGAUACCAUCUCCCUUGUUCCCCAUACACAUCAAGAACAUCCACAGGGAUAAGCAUGGCAGCGACUCCUCCACUUACGACACGGAGGGAAGGUUCAUGCCGGUAAAUUUCGAGAGCAUCUUCAGCAAGUAUGCCCGCACGGCGCCGGACAAGCUCAGCUUCGGCGACAUCUGGAGGAUGACUGAAGGCAACCGGCUGCAGUACGAUUUCUUUGGAUGGUUAGUGAGCAAGGGAGAGUGGAUACUGUUGUACGUGCUUGCCAAGGACGAGGAGGGCUUCGUCUCCAGAGAAGCUGUUCGCCGUUGCUUCGAUGGUAGCCUGUUCGAGUUCGUCGCCCAGCAAAGGAGGAAAGCCCACGAGAAGCAGCACUAGAGGUGCAACAUUGUCGUCUUCAUGAGUACGAUCAGAUUGAUGAAUUACCUAAUGUAUGUCUAUGAAAUAAGAGGGAACUGAUACGAAGUUAAGAGAAUAAAGUUGUACGCUUUUUAAUCAAUAGCAAAAGGGUUCAUGCGUUGCGACGGGAGAAAAACAAUU